AUGGCUUGGCGCCCACCAUCUGCUAAUAUGGUUCAGCAAGGAGCUCCAAAUCCAGCCGGUCAAGCUUCUACAUCAAACCAAAAUGCAAACCCUACUCAAAUUCCUGCUUCUGGUUCAGCUGCGAAUUUCGAUCCCAAUGAUCAAACAAACCCUCUUCAUCUCCACGCCAAUGAGAGCCCUACUCUGCAGUUGGUGACAGUUCAACUAGAAGGAAGAAGCAACUAUCAUAGUUGGGCAAGAGCCAUGGAAAUGGCACUGAGGUCCAAGAACAAGAUGAGCUUUGUUAAUGGGCUUGUGGCGGCUCCAAACAAGCUUGAUCCAAGAUAUUACUACUGGGAACGAUGCAACACCAUGCUCCUGUCUUGGAUUCUGAGGGCUCUGUCUCCUACCAUAGCCAGCAGUGUCCUUUGGAUCAAUACAGCUGAAGGAGUAUGGAAGGACCUGAAGAAGAGGUUUAGCCAUCAGGAUGUCUUCAGGGUUGCUGAGAUCCAGUCCCAGAUUUAUCAAACAAGGCAAGGUAACUCUAACAUAAAUGAGUACUUUACACAAUUGAAGUUGUUGUGGGAUGAACUCCUUGUUCUAAGACCCAUCCCUAGUUGUGAAUGCACUCCUAGUUGUGCUUGUGGGAACAACAUGGCUGAGAAAGUAAAGACACAUUUAGAAAAUGAUAUGCUAUCUGCCUUUUUUAUUGGCCUGAAUGAUAGCUAUACCAACACUAGACACCAGAUUAUGCUAAUGAAACCACUGCCUGAUGUUGGUGAGGCCUUUUCUAUGGUUUCACAACAAGAGAGACAAGUAAACAUAGAGGCCAGUGGAUUAGGGGAUAACAUCACAAGAAUGAAUGCUUUUUUCACAAGGGCAAAUAACAGUAGAAGAGCCUUUCCAAAUCAGAAGCAAAAACCUGUGUGUAGUUUCUGUGGGUACACAGGACACACCAUUGAGAAAUGUUACAAGAAGAAUGGCUAUCCCCCUGGUUGGAAGCCAAGAAACAAGGGCAUGAGUUCUGUCAAUCAGGUGCAGGGACCUGUGCAAGAAUCUGCUAGUUCUGGUAGCUUAGAGACCAGUCAUUCCUUUACUCAAGAGGACUGCAGAAGGUUCUUUGAAUUUAUGCAGCAAGAGAAGGCCAGGGCUAAUACCCCACUUGAUCUCAAUCCACAAAUCAACACCAUAGCUGCAAACUUCAUUCCCAACAGUCAGUUUGAAGGUACAAGUACUAACACUGAAUCUGAAUGGAUUAUUGACAGUGGUGCCACACAUCAUAUUGUGUGCAGUACACUCCUACUUCACACAUCCAAAAAGGUGCAAGGAGUUAAUGUUGACUUGCCAAAUGGACACCAUGCAGAGGUGUCACACAUUGGGACAGUUCACUUGUCUGCUGAUUUGAUUUUGCAGAAUGUUCUAUGUGUUCCUUUGUUCCACUAUAAUCUCAUCUCUUUGGGACAGCUUCUAAAAGGCUCUAAUUACAGCACAGUCUUCCAUACUGACCAAUGCAUUAUACAGGAUCAACACUAUGGGAAGAUGAUUGGUGUGGCUAGGCUAAAGGAGGGACUCUAUCACCUUACUUUUCCCAUUUCUGCUCACUGCAAGUCUGUUGGUUUUCCUAUUGUAAAUACUUGUAGUUUUUGGCAUGCUAGACUAGGGCAUGCCUCAGAAGGAAAGAUAAAAGUUCUACAUGCUUUAGACAAUAAAAUUUGUAAUGACAAGCCCACAGCUUGUGAAUGUUGUCAUAUGGCUAAGCAAAAAAGGUUUCCUUUCCAGUCUAACUCAUCUACUUCUACUCACUGUUUUGACCUUGUUCAUGUUGAUAUAUGGGGUCCUUUUCAUGUUGCAACUGUUUAUGGUCAUAAAUACUUCUUAACCCUGGUGGAUGAUCAUAGCAGGGCCACUUAG